CGUGCGCGACCCCCUGCCUGCCUGCCUGCCUCUCGCGCUCAGUCGCGCGCUCCUUUCCUUCCUUCCUUCCUUUCCUCUCUUCCUUCAGCCUCGCGCGCUCCCAACCGCCAUCCCGCCCGCGUGCCAGGGAGGGAAGGAGGGGGCUGCUUGCGGGGCUGGCUGGCUCUUUCCUCCUCUCUCUCCGCCACUGCCUCUCCAAAAUGCCCGGGCCGCUUUCCACGGAUGGAUGUAUUUUAAGCCUUCUUUUCUCAGCCCUAGGCGAGGCGCUUCGCCUGCGGGAGGCGUCCGCCGGUGACAUCUUCUUGUCGGGGGAAGAAGGAAGGCUUUGAUUUGGCCCCUUCCUCUCUCCCCUCCCCUCCUUCUCCUCUCCCUCCUCCCUUCUGCUCUUUUGGGAGGGGGCGGCUGCAAGCAAACAACAACAACGACCAGGAAAAAAAAAAUAGGGACAGAGGCUGGUUUCUUGCAGCGGGCGCCUCUUUCUCUGCUCUCUCCCUCUUUCCCUCCCUCCCACUCGAGUCCGUGGUCCCGGCGUCUGUGUGUGUGAGAGAGAGGAAGAGGGAAGGAGAGUGUGUGUGUUCUCGCGCUCCCCCCUCCACGCUUCUCUGAAACCGACGCCCCGAGGGAGGCAGGAAGGAGGGAGGGAGGGAGGGAAGGAGGGGGAGCCAUCGGAAGGAGAGCCAGACCGCGCUGCCUCGCAGCCUCCCACCGACCGACCGACCGCCUGCCUCGUGUUUCCGGAGACCCGUGGGGCUCCUGCCCUGCCUCACCGGCAGCGGCACCAAGGGCUGCGGGAUGGAUUAGGCAGACCUGGAUGGAGGCGCCCGGCAGAGCUGGACCGCCGAAGAUGGGAGAGGAUCGCUGGGCCCUUUUGGUCUGAAGUCAGCCAUCCUUCCAAGAGCCGAUCCCAAAUGAGAUGGAUGAUUGCUGCAAAUCUGUGGGAUUUCAUCUUCUCCAAAGGGGUGUGGGAUGGAGCAGUCUGGCAAGGCUGGAUGCCGCCUGCUGUUACGUCCCUCGCUCUGGGAUGACUAAAGUGGCCCUCAGUUGCUGACAGUCCCAGCAUUGAGUGCAGCAUGGCCCGGCUCAUCCAUGCCCUCUGGAGCCUCUGCAUCACUACCGUCCUUGUCACUUCAGCCACCCAAGCAGGUCUAAGUCGUGCCGGCUUACCCUUUGGUCUGGUUCGACGAGAACUGGCAUGCGAGGGCUAUCCUAUUGAGCUUCGCUGCCCAGGCAGUGAUGUCAUCAUGGUGGAAAAUGCCAACUAUGGACGCACGGACGACAAGAUCUGUGAUGCUGACCCUUUUCAGAUGGAGAACGUCCAGUGCUACCUUCCAGACGCCUUCAAAAUUAUGUCCCAAAGGUGUAAUAAUCGGACACAGUGUGUCGUGGUGGCUGGCUCAGAUGCUUUUCCAGACCCUUGUCCUGGCACCUACAAGUACCUGGAGGUCCAGUAUGACUGUGUCCCCUACAUAGAAGUGGAACAGAAAGUUUUCGUUUGCCCGGGGACGCUGCACAAGAUCUUGGAACCUACUUCGGCUCAUGAGUCAGAGCACCAGUCUGGAGCCUGGUGUAAGGACCCACUUCAAGCUGGAGACCGUAUAUAUGUCAUGCCAUGGAUCCCUUACCGGACAGACACACUGACAGAGUAUGCUUCAUGGGAGGACUAUGUGGGUGCUCGACACACCACCACAUAUCGCCUCCCCAACAGGGUUGAUGGCACAGGCUUCGUAGUGUAUGAUGGAGCAGUCUUCUACAACAAGGAGCGGACACGAAACAUUAUCAAGUAUGAUCUACGAACUCGCAUUAAAAGUGGAGAGACAGUCAUUAACACAGCUAACUAUCAUGACACUUCACCCUACCGUUGGGGCGGCAAGACUGACAUUGAUCUGGCUGUGGAUGAAAAUGGGUUAUGGGUCAUCUAUGCUACUGAAGGCAACAAUGGACGGUUAGUGGUAAGCCAGCUCAAUCCCUACACACUUCGCUUUGAGAACACGUGGGAGACUGGCUAUGAUAAGCGCUCAGCAUCCAAUGCUUUCAUGGUGUGUGGGGUGCUCUAUGUUGUCCGGACAGUCUAUGUGGACGAUGACAGUGAGGCAGCUGGUAACCGUGUUGACUAUGCUUUUAACACUAACAUGAACCGUGAGGAACCCAUCUCGUUGACCUUCCCAAAUCCCUACCAGUUCAUCUCUUCCAUUGACUACAACCCCCGUGACAAUCAACUUUAUGUAUGGAACAACUACUUCGUCUUGCGGUAUUCCCUUGAGUUUGGCCCACCUGACCCUAGCACUGGCCCUGUCACCUCGACACCACUUAGCACUACAACCACCACUCAUCUAACCACAGUCACAAGCACAAUUUCAUCAGCUGCCACAACAACAACACGGCAAGCUCCCCUCACCACCCAUCCCAUUGGUGCCAUAAAUCAGAAGGGCACAGAGCUGCACCCAGUUACAGCCGUUUUGCCCAGCACUCGCCGCCCACCAGCAAACAAUCAGCAUCUCUCUCCGGAGCUCUUCUGUGAGGCUAAGGAAGUGCGGCGUGUCCAAUGGCCAGCCACACAGCAAGGCAUGCUGGUUGAAAGACCUUGCCCUAAGGGCACAAGAGGGAUUGCUUCCUUCCAGUGUCUUGCAACUCUUGGAAUCUGGAACCCGCGGGGACCUGAUCUCAGUAACUGCACAAGUCCUUGGGUCAAUCAGGUGGCACAGAAGAUCAAGAGUGGAGAAAAUGCAGCCAACAUUGCCAGUGAGCUUGCCCGGCAUACACGAGGUGCCAUCUAUGCUGGAGAUGUCAGCUCCUCUGUCAAACUGAUGGAGCAGCUCCUGGACAUCUUGGAUGCACAGCUUCAGGCACUACGCCCCAUUGAGAGAGAAUCAGCUGGCAAGAACUACAACAAGAUGCACAAAAGAGAAAGGACAUGCAAGGACUACAUCAAGGCUGUGGUGGAGACAGUGGACAACCUGCUGCGACCUGAGGCACUGGAGUCCUGGAAGGACAUGAAUGCCACAGAGCAAGUGCACACAGCCACCAUGCUGCUUGACAUUCUGGAGGAAGGAGCCUUCCUGCUGGCUGACAAUGUCAAAGAGCCUGCCCGUUUUGUCACUGCCAAGAAUAAUGUGGUGCUGGAGGUCUCAGUGUUGAAUACGGAAGGGCAGGUGCCGGAUAUUGUGUUCCCACAUGAACACACCACCAGAAAUUCCAUUCAGCUGUCAGCCAACACAAUCAAGCAAAACAGCCGCAACGGGGUAGUCAAGGUUGUUUUUAUUCUCUACAAUAAUCUGGGAUUUUUCCUCUCUACUGAGAAUGCUACCAUCAAACUGGGUAGUGAGAUUGGUCCACUUAGUCCCUCGCUGGUUGUCAACUCACAAGUUAUUGCUGCCUCCAUCAACAAGGAAUCCAGCCGUGUCUUCCUGAUGGAUCCUGUCAUCUUCACCCUCUCCCACUUAGAGGACAAAAACCAUUUCAAUGCCAAUUGCUCUUUCUGGAACUAUUCGGAGCGCUCCAUGAUGGGUUACUGGUCCACACAGGGGUGCCGGCUGGUGGAGACCAACAAGACUCACACCACUUGUGCAUGCAGCCACCUCACCAACUUUGCUGUGCUUAUGGCACACCGUGAAAUUUACCAGGGCCGCAUUAAUGAGCUACUGCUAUCAGUCAUCACAUGGGUGGGCACUGUGAUUUCUCUCGUCUGCUUGGCCAUUUGUAUCUCUACCUUCUGCUUCCUGCGUGGGCUACAGACUGACCGCAACACCAUCCAUAAAAACCUCUGCAUCAAUCUCUUCAUCACUGAGCUACUCUUUCUCAUCGGCAUUGAUAAGACACAGUACGAGAUUGCCUGCCCUAUCUUUGCUGGACUGCUGCAUUACUUUUUUCUGGCAGCUUUUUCCUGGAUGUGCCUGGAGGCCAUCCAUCUUUACCUCAUGUUGGUUGAGGUCUUUGAGAGCGAGUAUUCCCGUAAGAAAUACUACUACUUGGGAGGCUAUUGCUUCCCUGCCCUGGUUGUCGGUAUUGCUGCUGCCAUCGAUUACCGCGGCUAUGGUACCGAGAAAGCAUGCUGGCUUCGAGUAGAUAACUACUUCAUCUGGAGCUUCAUUGGACCUGUCUCUUUUGUCAUUGUUAUCAACCUGGUAUUCCUCAUGAUCACUCUGCACAAGAUGAUCCGCAACACAUCUGUCCUCAAGCCUGACUCGAGCCGACUGGACAACAUCAAGUCUUGGGCACUCGGGGCCAUCACUCUCCUUUUUCUCCUGGGACUCACUUGGGCAUUUGGCCUCCUCUUCAUCAACAAGGAGUCUAUUGUCAUGGCCUACCUCUUCACCACCUUCAAUGCUUUCCAGGGCAUGUUCAUAUUCGUAUUUCAUUGUGCACUACAGAAAAAGGUUCAUCGGGAAUUCAGCAAAUGCCUGCGUCAUGCAUCCUGCUGCCUACGGAGCCCACCAGGAGCCAACCUGGGCUCCCUCAAGACCUCGGCUAUCCGCAGCAACAACCGUUACUACACUGGAACACAGAGCCGAAUCCGGAGAAUGUGGAAUGAUACUGUAAGGAAACAGACUGAGUCCAGCUUCAUGGCAGGUGAUCUCAACAGCACACCAACCCUUAAUCGAGGGACAAUGGGAAACCACCUGCUAACCAAUCCCGUGCUGCAGACACGGGGCGGGACCAGUCCCUACAAUACACUCAUUGCCGAGUCUGUGGGUUUCAACCCCGCUUCACCUCCUGUCUUCAACUCCCCAGGGAGCUUCCGAGAGUCCAAGCACCCUCUGAACAACAGCCGAGACGCCUGUGGCAUGGACACCCUCCCGCUCAAUGGCAACUUCAAUAACAGCUACUCCCUCCGCAGCGGUGACUUCUCAGCCGAUGGCACCAAGAUGGCUGAUUGUCGACGCAACCUGAGUGACGCUGCUGCCUUUGAAAAAAUGAUCAUCUCUGAGCUGGUGCACAACAACUUGAGGGGGGGAGGCAGUGGUGUGGUCAAGGGAGGUGGGGGUUCCACCGAGACCCCCAACCCCCCUGGGCCACCUCCCCCUCCCAAUGUAGGAGCAGGGGGAGGGGGUACCAACAAUGAGGAUGAUGCCAUUGUGCCUGACGCCCCUUCCUUGACCCAUGAGGAGAACAUGGAAAUUGAACUCAUGUACAAGGCCUUAGAGGAGCCGCUCUUGCUUCAGAGGGCACAAUCCAUCCUCUAUCAGAGCGACCUGGAGGAGUCGGAGAGCUGCACAGCUGACCUGACAGAGGGGGGUGAUGGCCAAGCCCCUUCGCCUAACAGGGACUCUUUAUACACCAGUAUGACUAACCUGAGGGACUCCCCAUAUCCGGACAGCAGCCCCGAGGCAGUUGGGGAAGUACUUCCUCAUGCCCAAGCCAUCAAUGAAAUCUACUACACCAACCGGCCAGCCUUGGUGCCACGCAACCAGCUCCAGGCCUACUACCAAGUUCGAAGACCCAGCAAUGAUGGCUAUUUGGUCCCAGGAAGCUUAGAAAACCCAGCAGUGGAGGGAGAUGGCCAAAUGCAGCUGGUGACCAGCCUCUGAGGAGCUGAAAAGGGACUGAGGGACCACAUCCCCCCCCCCAACCCCAAUACAGCAUCUUUGCUGUGACCUGGACAUUUUCAUUUUUUUCCUGGAGGAAAGGGUGGGGAAGAAGAGAAUGAAGCAGGGCAGGGGAACAAAUAGAGAUGGGGUGGUGAAAGGAAGAGCUGAGGCAGAGGGCUUCUCCAAGAGGGAGGGCAGCCAUUUUCUCCGUCUUUCCUUCCAUCCAAUUAAUUUUCCAGACACAGAGUGGCACAUUACCUAUUUGGUUAUAUCAGUUUAUUUUUCAGACAAAUGCAAUUGAAGAAUGAGAACACUAUUUAGGCAAAAUAAUAAUAAAUGAUCAGACAUAUCUCAACAAUACCUCCUAGAUGGGUGGGUGGGGAUGGAACAAUAAAUUGAAAAUGUUUAAAAGUCAAAAUAAUUAAUUUUUUAAAACCAGUAUAAAAGCUAAAGCCAUGAGGGUGCCACAUUCAGAAAAUGGGGCACUUGCUGUGCCUCCUGGCUCAGCACCAUGCCUCCCCCCCCCCUUCCUGACCCUUGACUUUAUUGGUGUGUCUUUCAGAAAAAUAUAAGGGACAAACAAGAGCUCACAGCCCUUGACCUUAGAUGUAAACAUUGCCAAAAAAAAUUAAAAGGGAAAGGUACAAAAGAGAGGAAAGGUUGUUCAGAGAAUCCUAAACCCAGAACCUGCCUUCCAAUAAUUCAUGGCUUAUUGACAGGAUUUGUAUUUAAGUUUCUACUUUCUUUCAGUAUGGCAGAGCCACAGGAAAGUUACAUUUGUUUCUUUCUUUUUAAGCCUGCAUAGGAAUGUUUGACUUGCACCAUCAUUUCUGGGGAAGAGAGAAGAAGUAGGAUCAAGGUGGCUAUCUUUAGACUUCAUUUUUAUUUAUUCUGGUUGCAUUUGGGAGCAGCCCCUCAUAGUGCUUUGCUGUGGUCACCUGAGAUGAAAUGCAAUCUCACAAAACAAAAGAUGGAGGAGGGAGGGGAGCCGGGGCCCUUCAUCCUGCGUGAUCCAUUUAACUUGGUUCCAUUCGCAGUUGGCUAACCCACCACCCAAAAUGGCCUGCUGAGAACCUGCUCCAAAAUUAAGCAGUGAUGCAAGAAGAAUAAUCUUCUUUCUGUUUCAUUCCUGCCUAUAAAGAAGCAAACUUCAGGAGUACCUUACAAUGCAAAUAUGGCUGCUGUCCGAACACAUUUGGGACCAUGUGGGGAGAAAUAGAAGAGUGCCGAUUUUCCCCUAAACUGGAUGGAUUGUCUUUCAGAAAAAAAUGACAAAACAAACAAACAAAAACAGCAACAACAGGAACGGAAAAAAAAACACUAACCCAGACUGCACUUUUUUCCCCAAAGGAAAAAGAAAUAGGAAAGUCUCCCUCUUCAAGCACAACUCCGACUUUUCUCACCAGCUCUCAUCCCAAGAGAGUUUGGGAAGCCACCAGUCUCACCUGGAGGCAUCAUAUCUCUGGGGCGGGCGGUGGGCGGGGUCAAAGUGGGGUUGGGAAGGGGAUGUGUGAUACCAAUUGAAAUGCUGUAAAUACGGAAUCCUAAAAACAACAACAAAGAAUUGAUUUGCUCACUUGAAAAAGGAAACAAAACCAAGGAACUUUUUUGUCUGGGUUUUCAAUAUAUCUAUAUCUAUAUAAUAUAUAUAGAUAUAUAGCACGCAACUCUGCUCUGGCCCCACGUGCGGUUGCGGGAGUAUGAACGGGAAAACAGAAAUCCCAGUUUUGAUGGAGAUGAUGCGGGGAGCCCACCAAGAGCAGAUUUUUACAAUCAAAAAAGGAAAAAAACAUUUUGGCACAAUUUUUAUGUAAUAUAUAACAUAUACUGCGUCAUUUCUGUGACCUUGAAGCAUUUCCCCUUUCCUGCCAGAUGAGGUACCUUUUUCAUACAUCUCUACAUGAAGUUGGUUAUUUUCUCAUUUACUGCCACUUUGGAAUUGUGGGUGGAAAAAUAUAAAAAAAAACAUUUUUUACUGCAAGACCCAAAGAUGCUGUAAUUCUGUAGUUUCCAUGAGAAACUUUUCCUUUUGGGAAUUUGGGGGCAGGGGACAGAAUGUUGUUUCAUUUCACUUUUUUAAAGCAACAACAUCAUUUGUAUUUAUUUUUAAACCUUUUUCUGGUUACAAUAUAUUGAAAAAGAAAAGGAUGUGAGGUUUUGCUACAUAGAGCCUUGACUGUUCAUUUUUUGUUUUAUUUGUGUUUCUUUGUCACCUCCCAACUAGUAGCUAGCAUUCAUGAGAAAUUGUCAAAAGCAUCGAGGGUUUGGCAUUGCUGAGGACUGCCUUCCUAGGUGUAUGCAGGGCCUUCCCUUUAUUUCACUGUACUGUGUUGGGGAAGAAAAGCCACCAGUGAACUCCUUGGCAUUACUUUCCAUCAUUUUGCCAAGUGCCACUGCUAAGACCCAAGGACUCAAUACUAAAUUGCUCUGGAUGGAGGGAGCACAACCCACUGGUUUCUCCUUCUCCAUCAGGUGAUAAAUCUAAUCCUGAUAUUAGCAGAAUUUACAUAUUUAUUUGUCUUCAGAUGCUCAAUAAUCCUCUGAUUUGUCAUUUCUAGCCUUUUUGUGUAGUCCAGUCCCAUAGCAAAUGCAUGCUUCCGGCACCCAAAAACAGCCCUUCAGCAUUUUUGGUAAAGAAAAGCAUGCCCUAUUGCUCAAAUCUGGGGUUUUUUUUUUCCCUAUCAAGAGCUGAGAUAGUGAUUGACUAUAGCCAGCAACAGUGAAACAGACAAAAGUGCAUGUGCUGAGUAAGCUCUGCCUUUGGAACAUGUCCUGCUCAAGUCUGUUAGAUUACCUUUUAACUCUAAAAUAAAAUAAUUUAAUACAGCUUUCGAGCACAGAGCUUGAACAAAACACCUUUUAGAAACUAGGGAGCCAGCAUGUUGUAGAAUUACUCACUUUUCCACUUAGGGGUUUCUGCUUCCUGCCAGACAUCCCCAGCCCAAACCACAUGGUUAUUGCACUUCUGCAUUGAGAAGCAGGAGAGUUGCAAAUCUUUUGUUUUCUCAUCUGGUUAAUUCCUUCAGAAAUCACAGUAGGUUGGGCCCUACUUUAUUGUUUUACAGGAUUUGGGUUGUAUUUUUCCUUGGGAUCUUUUUGCAUGAAAGUUGGAAGAUUCCUGAUAAACAUAUCUGCCCAAAUGCCUUUCUGACACUCUUGGUCCAGAAGUAACUGGUUCCCUUUUUUAGCCUUGUAAAGACAAGUUCUCACCAUCUACCUGUUUUCUCCCCAGACUAGUUCUGAUCAGUCCUCUCCCAAAUACCAAAUAGCCUUAUUCACCCCACUUUCAUUUGCUGCAUUGGUCCAAAGAAGGUUCAGGAACCUUCUUGCCAUUUUUACUAAGAGGUACCUCUGUCUGGAAACCUCAUAUUUAAAAACAACCAAAACCAAAGACAUAUCUGCCCUCUUGUACCCAGUCAGGAGUAAAGUGGUGGAGACUGAAUAUUUAGCAGCUCAAGGCUUUGCACUUUCCAGCUCAGUCUUAGCUUAGAGUUGCUUAAACCACAGUUCAGAUUUGGACAUUGAAUUGGAAGGAAAACAGUGCUGCUGCUUGUUCCGCCCUGACAAAAGAGUAAUGGGAGAAUGUGAACCAGCUCUUUGGAGGAUUCGGCUGUAAGAUAAAGGCUUUUAGCAUCCUGACUUGGGGAUCGAUCUUGAUGCCACCAGCUGUGAGAGUGGUGACACUGAGCCUCUUUUAUUUUGUUGGUUGCAACCUUUGGGCCUUAUCAUUGCCCAAUUUCUUUUUCCAUUGUUUACCUCAGUGCAAAGUACUACUUACCCUGUGUGACUAUACAGCUUGUGAGUUGCAUGGACACACAGCCAUUGUAAGUUUGGGCUUGAAGGCAAAAGCUAAGAAGAAUCCUGUAGGGGAGCGCAAAGGCAAGUUGUUCUGGAACAGAGGAGAGGAGAUAUUUUCUCCUCUGGUGCCAAAGGGGACAGUGGGGAGGGUUGUCCAGGACCAGUUCCAGGACUGAAAGUGUCAUGAGCAGAGUACCUUUGGGUGAGUAUCUCCUAUUCUGUUGCCACUGCAGCAGGAGAAGCUCUCCCAAUAAUGGUGGCUCGAGUCUGGGUGUUUUUUUCAAAAAAAUUCCCCACAGUACUUCUGACACAAGGGAGUUACACUGCCUUGAGGGUCUUAUGGGCUGUUUAAAUUUCAACCAUGGGGUGCUAGAAACCAUGCUUUGAAAAGAAGAUGCAGGAUAGGCAUUAGCCAGUGGUGGGCCCUAAACCCAAAUAUCUGCCCAUGGAUAUAAUGGAUUGGCACUGGAACUGCCCGCUCCUAUUAUCAUCUAACCACCCACUCACUCCACCUUGGUUAGUAUUCCAGCUUCUAACCACUAAGAUUAGGUCUGGAAAAACUAGCUAAGCAGCUCAGUGCAGAGAAAUGAAGCUACUAUUUGGACAGGAUGUUUCCAAAAAGAAAAGAAUACAUAGUUUGCUCAGACUGUAAUUAUUUUGAGAUGCUGCUUUCAUUUUUCAUUCCAUUCAACAUCAUUUUAAAAACUCUUUUCUACCCCAACCCUACCCCUGUCCUCCUUUGUAAGGAUGGUUUUUGAAGCCUUUGACAAUUUUAGUUACUCCUUUUUUACCUUUUCCUUUUCUUCAGUCUUUGGGAGGCGGGGCAGAAUUUCAAACUAAUUCUGGGUGCAUCAAAGAUAAUCAGAAUGAUAUAUUGCAACUUUUAUUAUUUUUAAUCAUUUUCCUAUUAUUCAAUGCAAAAUUGUUAAAAAUAAUGAGCAGCCACAGCAAAGGUGAUCUUGCAUUUUCUCUUUGCUCUCAUUUUUCCUUUUGUUAUCUUUUAACUUCAAUGGGAGUUUGUGUUUCAGUCAGUGAAGAUGACUUUCCCUUGUAUACAACUCUGACAAUACCAAUCUCCUCCAAUUCAUGGGAGAGGGGGAGAGAAAGGAGCUCACUUAUUCAAAGGGUAGAGGUUUGAUCCUUAGGGCUUUCCUCUGGUUCUGCAUGAUGCAGAAAUCUGGCAGCAUGUCUUGGGUCUAAUAGUGCAAGGUCUGGAAGGACUGCCCAAUAUAAGCAGCAUUGUCAUUCUGUGUUGGAAUGAAUAGGACAGGGAGAUAUAUUGGGCUCUGUACAGAUUGAUUACUACCAUAUCUUUGUACAGAAUUCAUUUUUUGUAUUCGUAUCUUUUAUUUUAUCACUGAAGUCUUACUUUGGCAAUUACCUUUUUAAAAGGUAUCAUAUGUUGUUAGUGGGGAAAGGAGUCAGGAAAGAUUAUGUGAUGGUUCCAUACCUUGUGAGCCUCAUGAGGUGGCAAUUGCCAAACUGUUUUCAUGGCUGCAGAGGGCAAGACCUUCUUAAUAAUGAGAGAGCCCAUGAAGCUUCCCAUUCAACAGUUUCUACUGUUGGCCACAGAUCUAGCCAUGGCGGACACUUCUUUUUGCUAACAGCCCAUCAAGCUGAAGCUUCUGGACUACAGUUUCUCUUUCUUUAUCCUCUCAUCAAAGACUUAUGCAAAUCUGUGAGCUCAACUCACUUUAGUAAAAAGUAUUCCUGCUGGCUUCUCAAAAGCCAUCUACCAUCACUGCCUUGGUGCCAUUAAGACCAAUGGGCUAGUUAACCCCAAUUAAUCCCCAUUAGCCUUUGGGCCAACAUAUCAUGGAGAAGAUGAGACAUCGUCUAGGGCAAUGGCUCCCAUUCUUUGGAAAAUAGUUGGGGACCACCAGCCUCUAUGCCUCACACCUACUGCCCUGCACUCUGCUCAUCUAGGCCACCUCUGCCACCUCUCUAAUUGGCUGCCAACAAGUCAAAAUGAGGGGCACUUAUGCACAAGCUAGUUUAGGACAGCACUACCUCUAGGGCAACUUUAGAACUCAGACUGUGCUGUCAAAAAGCCAUUCUGAGCUGGAAUCACUGGGCAUAGCAGGACCCAGGCCCUCUUUCCUUCUUGCAUGGGGGUGAAAUGCCCAUCCUUCUCUGCCAGAAACUCUCAGGUUUCACCAACUCCGAGAGUGGAUUCUUUUCAAAGUCUGUUGGGGCGAGGGGGGGGGGGUGGUGGUGACAGCUAUAAAACCUAACAACUCUUGAAAGUGGAGAAUCACUUGCCUUCCCCAAACUGUAUGAACAAAGCAUAUGGUUGAAACAGGGAAUCCAUAUGAUUUGUUACAGUGAUGUCUCCUGCUGGCUAAGACAGCCUUGGAAAGGUUCCGUAUACUCUGUUGACGCAGGCCUAAAUGGUGUAUCCCUGUGUCUUAGAUUGUGUCUCACACUCCUGAGUAUGCAGUAGUUGAAACCAUACGUGCAAGGCAGCCAAAUACCACUUGGUGGGCAAACAUACUAAUUCAUAUUCCACUAGACAGUCCUAGUUAAGGUAGCUAUCAUUAGAGAGAGUGGAGUAAACACCUUUGAAGCAAAUUUGUCUGGGGAAGGGGUAGUAGCAGCUUUCCUCUUGAGACCCUGUCUGCUUCCCUCUGUUGCAAAUGUGCUGUAUAUGUCAUAUGGCCUGUCCUAGGGCCCAACACUGGCCUGCUGUCUCAGGUGUGGUGAAGGCUACAAUCCCAUUGAAAAAAGAGUCAACUGCUAAUCCAGUUAGCUUCUAUAUGGGGAGGACGAUGUGAUAUUGUAUUUUUGUCUCAUGCAGCAAAAUGUUGUGGGCUGGCCCUUACUCUAGAUAUGGGAAUCGUCCUGCCAGAGAGAAGCAAAGCCAUAAUUGCUUACACUGGAACAGGAACAGGAAUAUAAAACAGGAAAGGAUGCCUGUUGACAGAACAGGAAAUCAGAUUAAGUCACAUUGCCUCACGAAAGUUACCCUAGUCUCCAUAGUAAUUCCCAGCAAAAUUUCCCUCCCGUUUAUUGGUGUGAAGCUGUGCCUUUUGAAUGGCAGCAAAAAGGCCUGCGCCCAAGAGCCCAAGGCCUGCUGGGAAGGUUUGUGAUUCAUUCCCUCCCUCAUUGGUCCCUCAAUGUCCCCUUCUACAGGUUGGUGCUGAUCCAUUUCCUAUCUCCACACCAUUGCUUUUGCCCACUUCGCCUUUUUUUGUUCCAUUUCUCUGUCUUUCAGUUCCCUUCCCUUCCUUUCAACAUGCCAAACCAAUUUUGGGUCGAGUGCAUUAAACAGAAAAAAAUAUAAUAAUGAAAAUUUUAAAAAUAUUUAAAAAAUGGAAACUUGUUGAGUUACAAAAAAAAUUAAAACAAUAAAGAAAAUAUGAUUUCUUGGAA